AUGGCUGCCAACUGGGAUGAUGCUCCCUGGUCAUGGAAUGACGACACUGGGGUUUGGGAGCAAAAGGUGGAUGGAUGGACCCGUGUAUGGGGUGGUGAAUGGAGACGCAGGGCGUCUCCAAAAGCCAAGGCCAAGGCCAAGGGCUCGGCGAAGCGACGACCUGGAAGUAAUAGGGGGCCCAGCCAGAACACCCGGGAGGCCGAGCGACACAGGGCGGACCACAACCUUUUGAGGCAGUGCCAGGAGAACCUCAGAAGGAUGGAGGAAAGCCUCCAGCUGAGCCAAGGAGAAGUGUGGACACUGGAGCUUCAACGUGACCAGCUCCAGGAGAGUCUCUCCGGCACGGAGGGAAGGUCGGCAAGGCUUCUCAGGGAUAUCGCAAAGGUCAUGCGAGAGAAGUCCGACCUGGAGGCUCAGCUCAAGCAGUCCUUGGACGCGCACCAGAAGGCCAAGGACAUGCACAGCAAGGCCCUUCAGGACCAGGAGAAAAGAUGGAAGGCCGAGGUGAGCAGGCUGGAGAAAGAGCGGGUUCGCGACGAGGAGGCGGUUCGUGGUCUGAAACGAGACCACGAAAACUUCAAGCUCGUGAUGGAGCGCAAGCUCAACAAGGCCACAUCAGAGCUGACAGAGGAGCGGGCCGAGAAG